GUUGUGCACAUAAUUUUUUAUUGAUUUCUAAAAGUAAUAAAAUUGUUGAAUACAUUUAGAAAAUUCAUAUUGGAAUAUAUUUAAUAAAUUUAAACAAUUAAGAAGAUAGGAACUAUUUUCACACAUUAAAUCAAAUAGUGAAAACAGAAUGUAUGGGCCUCCACCGACUUCACCACUAUACCAAGGAGAUUGCUCUGAAACACCUGACCCAAAUCCCUAUUUCCCCAAACCUGCAGUGAGGUGGCGCCCCCAGCCCCAGUUCUGGUACCAAGGAGAUCCCUGUCCGCCGAACUCCACGUGGCCAGUGGGCGAUCCGGACGAUUACAAGUUUGAAACUCUGCCUCAGCCACAGUCGGAAAAGACAUUACUUGAGGAGAUGGAGAUUGAGCGGCCAGAACGCUAUCUACCUGGGGAGAUCUAUAGGAACGAGCGGCCUAAAAGGCCAAUUGAAGAUUUAUCUAAGACAUCAAAUUGUCCUAAGGUAUGGUCUCCGAAAGAUCCAGCUUUCUAUUGUGAGUUCCGUCCUACCAGAGAAAUGAUGAAUCCUCCUCUACUCUUAGACGACGUUAUUAGAAGGAAAGCAGAAACCUUUAACUCAUACAUUAUACCUCAAAAGGUGAAAAUUGAACAGUCCUGUGAAGGGGUAGAAGAUGCGGAAACCAAGAAAAUAAAAACCAAAGAUUACUUGGAGGCUCUAAAAUAUGCUGAUACUCGCCCUGCGGACUUUAAAUGUGAAGUCGAUGAAAGAGUACCUUAUGAGGAUGCGUGCAAAAUUCCAGACCCUACAGUAAAAGUUCCACCAGCGAUUUAUCGUAAAAUCUGGAGGCCCUCAAACGAUGAUGAUUUGACACCAAAAAUUGAGAAGGAUGGGAGCAAUACCAUUGUUGAACCUGAUGAAAUUAAGUAAGCGUUGAUAUUGUGAAGAUCAUUACACAGUAUAGAAAAAAAGGUAAACAUACUUAAUAAUUGUUAGAUACAACUUAAAAUAUUACACAGUUCUCAAAAGUA